GGGCGGUCCAAUAGUAGGCCUGGCAUUAACGUUUGGUUGUGAUGGUAAGACAUGGAUGAGAUUUUACUUUGCAACAGUGAAGACGAGACGCUAAGCGAGACACGCCACACCUUUUUGACAACUUUACUUGGGUUACUUAUAAGCGUCCGGAUACUUUCUUAACGAUUCGCCGUUACGUGGAAUAACUCUGCAGGUUUCCCCACGUGUGGGAUGGCUUUUGAAGAUCCUUGAAUUUCUGUUAAGUGAGCAAAAUUAGUAUUUUUCACGGCAUAUUUCAACAUUGUAAAAGGAACUAUCAGAAAUGGAUCAACAGGCAAGUGGAGGAGAAGAUCCAAAUAAGCCUUCCAAAAAGAAAUCAAACGAGGAUGAGAGUAAAAACAAGAAGCUGAACAUACAUAUAAAAACAUUGGCUGACGACAUGCGUGACAGAAUUACAAGUUUCCGAAAGCAAGGCACGAAGAAGGAGAAGCCGGUUAUCCAACACCCAACUGACCCUAACGCCACCCAGGCAGAGCUGCCUGUGCCCCAGCCACUCUUUGAUGAGCGCUCCUUGAACCUCUCCGAAAAAGAGAUUGUUGACCUCUUUGAGAAGAUGAUGGAGGAUAUGAACCUAAAUGAGGACCGCAAGGCCCCCCUGCGUGGGAAGGACCUGAGCACCAAGCGAGAGAUGGUGGUCCAGUACAUCUCUGCCACAGCCAAAUCUAUAACUGGGAGCAAAGUUACGGGUGGGCUAAGGAACAGCAAGCAUGAGUGUACGCUGUCGUCACAGGAAUACGUACAUGAGCUGCGCUCCGGAAUCGCUGAGGAGAAGCUCCUCAACUGCCUGGAGUCUCUGCGUGUCUCCCUGACCAGCAACCCCGUCAGCUGGGUGAAUAACUUCGGCCACGAGGGUCUCGGCCUGCUCCUGGACGCCUUGGAGAAGCUUCUCGACAAGAAACAACAAGAGAGCAUUGACAAGAAGAACCAACACAAACUCAUCCAGUGUCUCAAAGCCUUUAUGAACAAUAAGUAUGGCCUGCAAAAGAUACUUGGCGACGAGCGAAGCCUCCUUCUUCUGGCAAGGGCCAUCGAUCCCAAGCAGCCGAAUAUGAUGACGGAGAUUGUGAAGAUUCUGUCAGCUGUCUGUAUUAUUGGAGAGGAGAACAUCCUGGAUAAGAUCCUGGCAGCCAUGACCAUCGCAGCCGAGAGGAAUAACAAGGAGCGAUUUGCUCAGAUCGUAGAGGGGCUGGAGAACCACGACGCCCAGCAGCUUCAGGCGGCCUGCAUGCAGCUGAUCAACGCCCUGGUCACCUCCCCGGAUGACCUGGACUUCAGGAUACAUCUGCGGAAUGAGCUCCUGCGCUGCGGCUUGAAGAAGAUCCUGCCCGAGCUGAAAGAGACAGAAGAGUUGGACAUACAGUUGAAGGUGUUCAAUGAGAACAAGGAGGAGGACUCUAUUGAGCUGUCUCACCGGCUCGAUGACAUCCGUGCCGAGAUGGAUGACAUGGGUGAGGUAUACCAUCUUCUGUCCAACAUGGUGAAAGACACAACCUCUGAGCCUUACUUCCUGUCAGUUCUCCAGCACCUGCUGCUCAUUAGGAAUGACUACUACAUCAGGCCUCAGUACUACAAGGUGAUCGAGGAGUGCGUGUCCCAGAUUGUGCUACACCGGAGUGGGAUGGACCCGGACUUUGGCUACCGGGAGAGGCUGGAUGUAGACUUCACUGUCCUUAUCGACCAAUGCGUGGAUAAGGCCAAGGUUGAGGAGAGUGAACAGAGAGCAACUGAAUUCUCCAAAAAGUUCGACGAGGAGUUCAGCGCACGACAGGAGGCGCAGGCCGAGCUGCAGAAACAGGAGGAGAAAAUCAAAGAGCUUGAGGUACAGAUCAGUACCCUGCGGAGCCAGUUAACAAUUGAGAGAGACAAGCUCAGAGAUGCAGAGAAGCGUAUCUGCGAGAGUGCCAGCAAGGUGGCUGCUGGUCCUGGGUUGCCUGCUCCACCACCACCCCCUCCACCCCCACCUCCACCUGGGGCAGGGCCGCCUCCACCCCCUCCCUGUCCAGCGAUGAUGCCGCCGCCUCCGCCUCCGCCCGGCUGCGGUCCUCCUCCACCGCCCCCUCCGCCCGGCUGCGGUCCUCCUCCACCGCCCCCUCCGCCUGGCGGAGGUCCUCCGCUUCCUCCUCCCUUCCCUGGGGCGGUGGCUGUCCCCCCACCUCCACCUGUGAUCAAACUGCCUUAUGGCCUGGAGCCAAAAAAGACCUACAAACCUGACGCGGUCAUGAAGAGGGUCAACUGGUCGAAGAUAGUGCCUCAGGAGAUGGCAGAGAAUUGCUUUUGGAUCAAAGUCAAAGAGGAGAAGUUUGAGAACCCGGACCUGUUCGCCCAGCUCUCGCUCUUCUUCUCGUCCAAGUCCAGAGUGAAAAAGGACGUGGAGGAAACAGAUGACAGAAUGACACAAUUUAAGAAAAAAGCGAAAGAGCUGCGAAUCCUAGACGCCAAGACAGCCCAGAAUCUGUCAAUUUUCCUCGGAUCAUUCCGGCUGCGUUAUGAAGAGAUCCGGGACAUCGUGCUGGAGGUGGAUGAGGAACGGCUGAGCGAGGCACUGAUCCAGAAUCUGAUCAAGAACCUCCCUGAACAGAAGGAGCUGAGUGCUCUGGCUGAACUGAAGGGCGAGUAUGAGGAGCUGUGCGAGUCUGAGCGGUUUGGCAUUGUGAUGAGCUCAGUGAAGCUGCUACGCCCCCGUCUGAACGGCAUCCUCUUCAAGCUGACGUUCGAGGAGCAGGUGAACAACAUCCGGCCGGACAUCAUGAACGUCACCUUCGCGUGUGAGGAGGUGAAGAAGAGCGAGGGCUUCACCAAGCUGCUGGAGCUGAUCCUGCUGGUGGGGAACUACAUGAACGCCGGCUCCAGAAACGCCCAGACCUUCGGCUUCAACAUCAGCUUCCUCUGCAAGCUUCGGGAUACGAAGUCGAUGGACCAGAAUACAACACUUCUGCACUUCCUGGCUGAGAAGUGUGAGGAGAAGUAUCCCGAGAUCCUGAAGUUCCCUGAUGAGCUGCAGCAUGUAGAGAACGCCAGCAAAAUGUCUGCCCAGAUCCUCAAAGCCAGUUUGGACACGAUGGAGCGUCACAUCCAGAGGCUGGAGAAUGACAUCCAGAACUUCCCCAAGACUGAGGACAAACAGGAUAAGUUUGUGGAAAAAAUGUCCGGCUUCUCCAAGUACUCCCGCGAGCAGUACGAGAAGCUCUCUACCAUGCACAAGAACAUGCAGAAGCUCUACGAGAGUCUGGGGAGCUACUUCGCCUUCGACCCCCACACCAUCAGCAUCGAGGACUUUUUCGGGGACCUGGCCAACUUCCGCACCCUCUUCAUGGACGCCAUGAAGGAAAAUCACAAAAAGAGGGAGAUGGAGGAGAAAGUGAAAAGGGCCAAGAUGGCAAAGGAGAAAGCCGAGCGUGAAAAGCAGGAGCGUCAGCAGAAGAAGAAGCAGCUGAUCGACAUGAACAAAGAAGGAGAUGAGACAGGUGUGAUGGACAGCCUGAUGGAGGCGCUGCAGUCUGGCGCGGCCUUCCGUGACCGCAGGAAACGAACCCCACGCACUGGUGAUCAAAGUCCUUCCUGUGCAGCCGCUCGGUGGCCAGGCGCUAAUCAUGACAACCGUCGCACCGGUUUGGAAAGGUCCCGAUCACGCCACAACCCAAGCCCCAUGUUCCGGUGAUGGCUGGCCAGCAGCGCCCCUUAGCCACGUGCCAAAGACCCACAAGCGGGGACGCUGACAAGGCUGGGAAACAGGAACGGUGCAGCACUGCACGUUCCCUCUGGCAUGGCCUGGUCCCAACCCUGCAACACACACACUAACCCACACACACACCCACAUACAAACACACACCCGCACACACCACACCUCAGACACAAAGACAGCAACUCUACACUGCUUCACAGGAUAACUGCGAUUACAAUGCCUUACAUACGAAAUCUUAGUCCCUAUCGCUUACUGUACAAAGGGCCUGUUUAACAUUUGAAUUGCCUUGGAAGGGUAUUUACAUAUUUUUUUUUAGGUUUUUUUUUUUAAACAUAUCAUGAUUUUUGCUGGUUUUAUUUUCACGUUCAUGCUUAUCGCAGCGUAAAGCUCUCCGGUUCUGGCUUCCUCCGUACUCCGUUCCAGGAAUGUUUGAAUAUGUUUAAUCAGAUGCAUUUUGGUCUCGUGCAAUUGGCUUCUUGACAAACACAGACCAUCCUGUUGUCUUGUUGAAUAACAGCCAGCUCUGCCUGAGAGGGCCGCGUGGCCGCGUAUGCAUAUUAGUCGCUGCCACCGAUUGAACUGAACCUGGGUUUGAUUGAUUCGCACCCUGUUUUUCAGUCCACAAUUGGACCUCGAGUAUAUAAUCUCUCACGCAGUACAGAAGCGCCUGUCCUGCAUUAUUAUCCGUGUCGGCUCCAUCACGCUUUCACAACACAAUAUGUAGCGGCGAGCCAAAAUGCAGACUUCUGUUAGCAUCCUUGCUAUAUGUGUAUGCCUUGUGGGAAGAUAUUAGUCAUGUGUAUUUCAGCUGCCUCAAGAUACCUGGAGUGGUUUAAAAGAUAAAAGUGCGUUAUCUAAUCUAAACACUUCAAGCCUAUCUUUCACACGCGUCACAAGUUGGCUAGCUGUUGUGUGCAACACCUAGGAAUCGAAGACACAGGCCUUUGUAUCCGGAAAGAAGUGAAUAUUGCAUUUCUUUAUCCUGUAAAAUCUAUCCCGGAUUUCCUCGUGCUUUCUUCCUGGUGAGGCCGGGUCCUCUGUUGUGCAGCUGGGAGCGUUCUCAAGAGGAACGUCAGGGCAUGUUGUUCAUACCAUCCACCAUCAGCUGCACUUAUGACCUGUCCCCUCCGAAUGUUUUACCAUAACCCUCUGUAUCCUCCCUGCUAUAGCUAAAAAGGAAAACAAGGUCACAAUGACAAUGAGGAAAAAGAAGAGUCAGAUUUGGUUCGUUGCGGACCUUUUCAUUAUCUAAAAACCUGUUUCUCCCUUUUCAUGCUGCCUAAAAGUAUUUACCCACAGUGUAACGUGUGAUGACUAGAGCAUCGCCUUGCCCUUGCUUGAGUCCAGCACAAAGGCAGGAGCGCAGUAAUGACAGAAGAGCUGCAGAACUACCCCGUAGCGGCACGUUUUCUUGGCCGCAUCCACGAGAAAAGCGUUGUUAGAAUCCCUGGCCUGGCACUUGCGUUUGCGUCAUGAGUAAUGCCUCGCCGUAACGCACGCACACGUGUGUGUGUGUGUGUGUGUGUGUGUGUGUGUGUGUGUGUGUGUGUGUGUGUGUGUGUGUGUGUGUGUGUUUGUAUUUUCUGUAACACUUAGGGUGAAUGCAUAGAAAUGCAUAGAAAUCACAUGCCAUCAGGACAGUCAUGCAUCAGUAGCUCUGCUUUCUGCUGGAUGACUGGACCAGCAGCCCAGUUCGUCGUCGGCCAAAAUGUCAGAAUGUAACGGCGAGGGUUCUUCCGGAACGCCGUGACGUCGCCCCUCCCCCCAGGUCCUGCCGACUUCCGUUGCCACGCGGGACCCAGAGGUCGGCAAUCAGCGUGGUCUCAGUUUUUUUCAAAGGAAACGGCAACGGGUGAGACUUCCCUCCACGCGGCGUGUCAUCUUCACAAAACCCCGGUGCCGAGGGAGGUGCUGCGUAGCUCAAGGCAUUGAUUUGCUUUUCUAAUUAAAACUGCCCUUUGACUGUCUUCCAGCCUCACACAAUGGAACCUGCUCUCUGCACUCUGAGUUCCCAAUGACUGCUAUUUAAAACUCAUGUUAAUGGUAAUUACAGCAUCCAACCUGUCAGUGUGCGCCUCUGUAACAUGUAUUUUCAUAGUUCACUCUGCUCAACUCCUAUUGCAAUUACAUACUCUAUUUCUCAGAAUUAGUCGGCAGCACAGAGUUUGCGCCUCACUUGUUUCAAGAACAGUUGAUACAGUAUUUGACUUAAAAUUCAUCAUGCGUCAUUAAACCAUCAAAAAAUGUUUGGUGUGGAAUAUACUUUAAUAAAUGUGCCAUUUUUAAAAAUUAUUUUAAUCAAAGGAAUUACAAAAAAGGAUCACAUGAUAAGUUGAAACUGACCUGUUAGUCACACUAAUAUUGUGAAAUUUUAAGUGAUUGUUGCUUAUUGUAACUGAUGUUAGUGUAUUUUUAAAGAAAGAACACAGCAAAAUGCAUUUUAGCAUUUUCAGCAUUUCGACCCGGCAAUGUUCCUCAGCUGCUGUUUUGUGAUCUGGUCAUUUCUACACAGUUAUGAAAUGCUCAAAGACGAAUCCACUAGCACACAAUUUGUAAUAGAGAUCAAUGUUUCUUUUAAUGUGAAUGCUUUUAUUUGAUGCAUUUGAUGAUCUGCCCUGCCCUGUGAUUGUUGUAUUAGGCUAACAUUGUGUAUGUGUGAUGUGCAUUGAAUUAGAAUAUUUUAGCAGUUAUGUUACAGGUUAGAAUCUGUAUGUGACUGCCAAAUGCAGUCAGUAGUAUUGUUAAGCCCCAUUAAUGUUAUAUACAAGAAAAUCCAUAUAAAUAUAUGCCAUGUCUGUUCUUUACUCAGUUUUUACCUGAUAAUUUCAAACACAAAACAAAUAAACAACAAAAAACACUGAAAAGAAUGAAAAUAGAAGGAUGUAGGAUUCUGAUCGGUGUGCAAAAUCUCCCCAGUUUGGUCGCUGUUCUUCAAAGUCAGCCCUGUCCAACUUGGCCAGUAGUGAUUGUAUGAUGGUGCACUUUAAUUCCCUGCAUUCUGUCCUGGAGCAGGUUGUUCUCGUUGUCACCUGUGAAUGUUUCAUUGCCAAAGUGAAACAGACUCAGGCUGACUGUCUCUCAGUUCUCCUUACAACCGGUGGAGGAAACUGGAGAACUAGAUGAAACGAAAUGGCAAAGAAGCACCUCACAGGGCUCAGGACGUUGGACUAAGUUGCCCCGCCUGUAUAAUCCUUUGUCAUCAUUUCAGUUUUCCUUUAUUGACAAAAUUUAUAUUUGUAACAGCUUUUUAAGUUUUUUUUUUUUUUUCUGUGACUAUAAAAGAGUGCAAAUGCUCAUGCACACUCGUCCUGGGUUGAGUUAUAUAACACAAUAGCAUACUAAAUAAUAACACAUUUCUUACAGAAACAGAUGGCUGGAGUGUGUGUAUGUGUUCUUAACCACUUAAACUGUGCUGUUUCUGUUCAUUUCACAGACCAUACUGUGACCUAUAAAUGCUUCAUAAAUGAUUGGAAAAGCA